AUGAGAUCUUCACCGGAACUUGUAAAGAUGUUGUUCGACACAAAUUAUCAAACUGUAGAACAUCUUAAACGUCCAAGAUAUGAAUAUUUUUACAAAAUUACCCGAAGUAUUCAUUUCGACGGCUUCGAAGAAGUCACUCGCAAGGAAAUGCUGGUUGCGUAUCCGCCCUCCGACCGACACACGAGGCUUCGACAAAAGGUGCUGUGGUUCGCUCCAUCGCAGCCGAGCUCUAAGCACAAUUCGCACGGCAACGUAAGCUUCACAAUCAAGUGGCAGACCGUGCUAAAGAAACUCGGUCCGAACCUCUACCUAUUCGGGCAGACCAUGCACAAAGACAGAAGUUUCACUCGAGUACUGUUAACUAAAAUCAAUUAUGACGGACUCUUAACGAAGUUGGACUUAUAUUCAGGUGGCUCACCCAUGAUAAAACUCAGGUCUGGUUACUGCCACGCUUCGCACUGCAUGAACAAAGGUCAAUGGGGUUUUCACCAGUUGCAUAUCGCCAUCGAAGUUACAGAUGCUGACGCGAGGUGGCUUUACCUGAACUGUAAGAAGGGUGCAAACAAUCAUUCAAAAGCGAAUACCUGUAGUCGCGACGAGCGCAAUAGAAGAGACGGACAAUCAACGAGAUACCAUUUGAAUAAAUGCUAUAAGUUUAAUACUUACAAAAACUGCAAAUGUCCCUACCAGUGGACCAAGGCAAAGUGUGAGGGUAUCAUCAACAUUGUAUCAAAGACAGAUGUUGCAAAGUCUCCCCGUUUCGUUAGGAGAGUAGUGUCUAAUUCAAGACGCAAAAGCCAAGUUUGCAAACCUUCUGUUUCGGCUUAUGCAGCGGAAAGUACACCUUGUUCAAAAGAAGAAAUUUUAGAGACAGACUCGGACUCAGACUGGGAUCUAUUUCAAACUACAGAAAUUACAUCAUCGGUCAUACAGGCAGCCGCGAUUCCAUCACAAACUAAAAUAACAUCAUCGGGUUCAGCCUCGGAUCAAUUGCAGUCUGCCCUUACAUCACCCAUCAUAGAGGCUGACCCAAUCUCUUCCUCGGUUCCAUUGCAAACUACAAUUAAAUCACCAGUCUUAGAGGCUGACCGUGUUUCAGCCUCGGAUCUAUUGCCGACUCCAAUUACAUCAUCGGUCAUACCUGCAGAAUCGUGCUCAUCCACAGAUCUUUUACAAACUACGAGUACAAUUACAUCACUGGUCUUAGCGGCAGACUCGGGCGUAUCCUCGGAUCUUUUGCCAACUACAAUUACACCACCGGUCUUAGCGGCCGAAUCAGGCUCACCCUCGGAUCUUUUGCAGACUACAAUUACAAGCCCGGUCUUAGCGACAGACUCGGGCUCACCAUCGGAUCUUUUGCAGACUACAAUUACAUGCCCGGUCUUAGCUGCUGACUCGGGCUCAGCCUCGGAUUUAUUGCCGACUACAAUUACAUCAUUGUUGCGAAAAGCACAGCAACAUAGUCAGCGAGUGUUCGAGGACUGGAACUUCAAUGUAUUCCACUCGAACACUUUAGAAACCUCUGUUCCCAAAGCUUCAUGGACAGCUAUGUAUUGCCGGGAAAUACUUCUAGUUCUGUCAUUGCUAGUAGCCUUGAUUUGCGUUAUCUUAAAUUAGAGCUCGUUAUCAAGUUUUAAGAGAUUAUGAAGGUCCUAAUAAUUGAAUAGUGAGCGAUUUUUCGGCAAAAAAAUGGGGCUUAUGGAAGCAACCGUAUUCUAUGAUAUACGAAUAUUAUCGGUUACAAAAAUCUAGACUAAUUCUUGCUCCCUGUUUUCAAUUACAUCGCAUUCUUUGGCUUUCGUAUAGCAUUGGUCAAGCUAACGCCAUCAAGCGCCUCCUCAUGCUAUCACUUUGCAAUAGUUGGAGUUUUUGGUGUUUGAAACUCUUACCAACUGCAUUGACAGAAACAUUAUUAGCUUAAAUACUCCGUGACGCAUUCUUUGUGGAACAAAUUAAUGCUUAUAAGAGCAGGCAGUUUGACCUCUGAAGAAAUCGAUCUAAAAUUGCUCAAUAAUUUUAGAUACAAGAGCCCAAAAUGUAUUAAAUACGAGUAAGGCUCGUAUGAGACUGAAAGU